AUGGCUGCAGCUGCGAAGAGGGGGCAAAGAGAAAUUGUUCGGUGGCUGUAUGAACAUGUUCGCGAUGUCGAGCGGGACUUCAGCCGGGUAAUGGUUUAUGCUGUCCGCAAGGGCGACCUAGCGCUGGUGAAGUGGCUUCUAACCGACGUCUACAGAGAUGUACCCCAGCUACCCCCACCAACCGUCAAUGACGCGACCAGAGCGGGGCAUCUCCACUUGGCGCAGUGGUUAUUCGAUCACGGCCACGUACAGAACGUUGGAGACGCUUUUAGGAACGCAUCCAUCAGUGACUGCGGCGAUAUUGUGAAAUGGCUCGUAGAACACGAUAUCCUCGAGAAUGUGGACGAAGGCUGCAAGGUGCUGCCGCGUGUGGAUUCUUUCCGAUCGUUAUUUGGCUAUUGGAGCGGAAUUUAG